AUGACUUAUAUUACUCCUUUCAAAAGACUUAAAUGGGGGUUCCUUCCCGUGAGAAGGGUAGUAGAUGACGAUGAAACUGAGAUUGAAAAAGCUGCAACGAACUUUGAAGACACUGACGGUUCAAUCUUAAGUAAUAAUGAUUCGAAUGUUAAUCUAGAAAAAACCAACGGUAAAAUUGAUAAUACCCCUAGCUCAGAUACUUUAGUUGAGUUUCCAAUUGAAUAUCGUGAUGAAAAAGAUCGCAAGUGGUGGAAAUAUUUUGACGAAUAUGAGUACAGAGUUAACAAAAACAAGAGGGCUGCACAUAAAUGGUUUAAAUGGUUUAACGAAGAUGAUACUCCUGAGGAAAGGAGGCUCGUCAUAAAGCUUGACUUACUUUUAACUUUGUAUUCCUUGGUCGCAUAUUGGGUGAAGUAUUUGGAUCAAACAAACCUCAACAAUGCUUAUAUAAGUGGGCUAGAAGAAGGUAUUGGUAUGAAAGGAAAUGAUUUGGUUAACACUCAAGUUAUGUUUUCUAUUGGUAACAUUGUCUUGCAGAUUCCAUUCAUGUAUGUAUUAUAUGCUGCUCCAACUACUUAUGUUCUUCCAACUUUGGAUAUCUGUUGGUCUAUUGUCACUAUAUGUCUUUAUAGAGCAGACACUGUGCCCAAACUUAAAGCCUUAAGGUUUCUUGUGGGUUGUUUCGAAGCUCCCUCUUAUAUUGCUUAUCAGUGGCUAUUUGGAUCUUGGUACAAAGUUGAUGAAAUUUCUAGAAGAUCAAUGGUGUAUUACAUUGGCCAGUACCUUGGGGUCCUUACUUCUGGUCUUUUGUCUGGAAACAUUGUGGACUCCUUAGAUGGGGUGAAUGGUUUAGCGGCAUGGCAAUGGAUCUUUAUUGUUGACGGUAUAAUUUCUGUUUUUGUUGGUUUUCUUGGGUUUUAUUUACUUCCUGGUACCCCAUCGAAUUGCUAUUCAAUAUUUUUGACGGAUGAUGAAAUUAGAUUAGCAAGAAAGAGGGUCAGAUCGAAUCAAACUAGCUCAGCAACGAACCAUAAUCCUGUUCUUGAUUUCUUCAAACUUGAAACUUGGAAACCAAUUUUAAGUACUUGGCAUAUAUAUGUUGUUGCAUUGUGGAACAUCUUUUGUUGGAAUAAUAGCAAUGGUACUUCCGGUGCAUAUUUAUUAUGGUUAAAGAGUUUAUUGGAUGACAAUGGUAACCAAAGAUACACCGGCGGUAGACUUCAAGACUAUACUGCGUUAACCCCAGCUUUAGGUAUUCUCUGGUUAAUCUUAACGUGUUGCUAUGCAGACUUAUUCCAUAGUCGUUGGCAAGCAAUUGUAUUUUCACAAAUAUUCAACAUUACAGGCAAUGUUAUACUAGCUGUUUGGCAUGUUCCAGAGAGAGCAAAAUGGUUUGCAUUCUGUAUGCAAUAUUUUGGAUGGGCUAUGGCACCAGUUCUUUAUUCAUGGUGUAACGAUAUCUGUCGCCGAAACUUUCAAAAGAGGACAGUCGUCAUGGUUGCAAUGAAUAUGCUUGCUCAAUCAACCACUGCUUGGAUAUCUGUUCUAGUAUGGAAGACCGUGGAACAACCUAGGUACUUGAAAGGUUUCUCUUUCACAGCAUCUUCUGCUUUUGCGUUAUGUUUAUGGACAUUUGUGGUCUUAUAUCUUUAUAAAAAGGAUGAAAGGAAGCAUGCUGCACAGAAUGGCAUUAUUUUAUAUAACUCAAGCACAGAUCCAGACUUUCAACCACCAACGAAGGAACAGUCAGAUGAUCUGGUAUCGGAAGGAAGCCAUAAGUCGGAUACAAACUUAGAUACCAUACCUUUAACAAGUUCUAACUGA